AUGUCGAAGCAGCAGCUCAAGCUGUCCCACGUCCUCGACGACUUGUGCAGCCGGUUCAUCAUCAACCUGCCGGAGGAGGAGCUGCAUUCGUUCGAGCGGAUAUGCUUCCAGAUAGAGGCCGCCCACUGGUUCUACGAAGACUUCUACCGCGAGCACGACCCCAAGCUCCCGCCCGCCUCCCUCAAACUCUUCGCCCGCCAGAUGUUCGAGCAUUGUGCGCUGCUGCGUCCGUAUCUGGCGGAGCACUCGAUCGACGAGAUCUUUGCGUCGUUCACGCACUACAAGACGCGGGUGCCGGUGUGCGGGGCCAUCCUGCUCAACACGGCCCUCGACAAGUGCCUGCUGGUCAAGGGCUGGCACUCGCGCUCCAGCUGGGGCUUCCCCAAGGGCAAGAUCAACAAAGACGAGCCCGAGCUCGAAUGCGCCAAGCGCGAGGUCUAUGAGGAGACGGGCUUCCAGAUUCCGGACGGGCUCAUCACCGAAGAGGACUACAUCGAAUUCACCAAGAACGAACAGCGGGUGCGGCUGUACAUCCGUCCCCUACGUGUCCGAGAACCACCCCCUUUGCCUCCCCGCACCCGCAAGGAGAUCAGCAAAAUCAAAUGGCACCUGAUCAAGGAGCUGCCCUCGUACAACUCCAAGCAGACCCCCGGGGUGCGCAAGACGGAGAACUUCUUCAUGGUGUCGCCCGUGGUGGGCCGCCUCAAGAAGUGGAUCCAGGUCCGCCGCCAACGCGACAAGCGCAUCCCCGGCGCUGCUCUCGCCGCCGCCGCCGCCGCCACCAGCACCUCCUCCGCCUCCAGCGUUCACCCUCCGCCCGGCCUCACCGCCGCCAGCUCCGAUGUGGCCCCCAGGCGUGUGCUGCUGCGCAACACGCCGCCGGGCGUGGCGGGGCCUGCUCAGCCCGGGCAAGGGGGAGAGGCCAAGCCCAGGGAGAGCCGUGCCGGUGCUAUCUUGAACGACCGACGGCGCGGCUCCGGCGGCGCGGCUGCAACCGGCGGUGGCGAGGGCGCGGCGUACAAUGAUGAUAGACGCCACGAGGAGGAGGAAGAGGAGGAUGCAUACCACCACGGCGGGGCGCAGGGGCGGAAGAAGGCGCCCAACCCGCUCCUCACCUUCCAGUUCGACGUGGCGGCCAUCCUGCGGCACCUGCCCCCGGCCCUCUGA